CAUACGACUAUAUCCAGUUUAGUCGUUUAUGAAAAUAAACUGUUCAUUAUUUUUUAUUAUUAUUGUUAUUAUUAUCAUCAUCAUUAUUUCUGCCCAACCUCUGACAUCAGCAAGUUUUCAGGACAAGAAGGAGGAGAUGAAUUACGAAUUUGGGCGAGAAAGUGGUUUUAUCAACAGCCAGCCGUCGCUCGCCGAGUGCCUGACAUCUCUCACUAACCCUGUCGGUGAUGCAUUUCAGAGUUCAUCAAUCAAGAGCUCGGCGCUUUCACAGUCGACACUGAUUCCUCCUCCUUUUGAGCAGACCAUCCCCGGCCUGAACCCGGGCGUCCACCCACGCCACAGCCGCUCAAAGCAGGCUCUGAAGGGCUGCAGCCCGCUGCAGACCGCAUCCUUACCCCCGGAAUACCCGUGGAUGAAGGAGAAGAAAAGCAUCAAGAGGAGCCAGACUGCUGCUGCUUCUUCUGCCUCUGCUGCUGCGACAACGACUGACUCCUCACCACUCUACUUCUCCCCCCAAGGUUCACCAGAGAUACCAGAGGGUGGUGUUGGCGGUGGAGGAGCAUCCAGGAGGCUGAGGACUGCCUACACCAACACCCAGCUCCUGGAGCUGGAGAAGGAGUUUCAUUUUAACAAAUACCUGUGCAGACCGAGGCGAGUGGAAAUAGCGGCUUUGCUGGAUUUAACGGAGAAGCAGGUGAAAGUGUGGUUUCAGAACAGGAGGAUGAAACACAAGAGGCAGACCCACUGCAAGGAAAACCGGGACAGUGAGGGGAAAUACGCGUGCCUGGACGACGGGCCGGAGGACGAGUUCGAACAGGCGGCGGACAGCAGCUCAGCCGGGACACUCCUGGAGAGGGAGAGGUAUUUCCACCAGAAUACCUUGACUUCACAACAGUGUCAGAACGGGAACAAUGGGGAGAGCCAAAGCCCGACUGUUACGCCUUUGAACAGCAAUGAGAAAAAUCUGAAACAUUUUCCAAACCCGGCACCCACUGUUCCUAUCUGCGUGUCAACAAUAGGCCCGGACAAUGAUCAUUCCCCGGGCCUGGACGUCUCUUUGCAGGAUUUCCAAGUUUUCUCAUCCUCCUCCUCUUUCUCACCAAGUUUGUCAGAGUCGACACAAAGUCCCCUGCCUUUAUCAUCCGAAACGUUUGACCUUUUCUCUGAAACACUCACAACAAUCGACCUUCAGAACUUAAGUUACUAAAAUAUUUGUUUUUAUUUUAAUUCAGACACAUGUGUUCAGUCAGUGUACUCAGUUUUAGUGUGUGUGGGGGGGUAUUUAAUAGAUCUCACAAAUAAGGUAAGUUAAAGCAAAUACAAAGCUACUAUUUUGCCUACAUGGAGUCUUUAUUCCAUUAGGCGGCUAAAUGACAUUUCACAUUUAUUUUUAUAUGGAUUUCGACUCUA